AGCGUCGAGCACAAGUGCCCGACCGUACGCAGUAUAGAAUUGUUGGCGAAUCGAGAAAGAAGCAAAGGAGAGAAAAAGUUCCAAGUGAAAAAAAAUAUAUUUCCCAGCGAAAAUUAUAACCGAGCAAAAGAAGCGGAAUCAUUAAAAAGCGAAUUAUCCUGAAAACGGUAAAUACGAAUCAAGUGAAUUCUGACACAGAAAACUCACGUCCCUCUGAAGGAUAACGAAGCAUCCCGGAUCAAAAGCGAAGAAACCAAGCGCGAACGAGACGAGCUAGUUGAAGGAAGAAAUAAAAAAUCCACCACCCGACCGCUUAAAGCGAGCGUGAGUGUGCCCACGUGUGUGUAAGUGCGCGAAAACAUUUCGAUUAGGGCAGAGAGAGGAAAUUAUCAUUUGUCCAAGAAAAAAAGCACCACACGUUUGUCGUCAUACCCUUGUGGCCCUCGCGGUGGUAUAUCAAUACCCGUGUGCAGUUCGCGCCUCCUUCCCUACAUAUACUAACACGUCGGAAAUUUUUUCGACCAACAUCCUUGGUGCUAUAGCAAAGCUUCCGCCUAAAUGUGCAACUCGAACUAAAGGAGUUUCCUUUAGCUGUUUUGUGCUAUUUUUCUUCCAGUUCGGUGAAAAGUUUUCCGCUACGGAACGAUUCUUCUACAGCGGAAGAAUUCCAAAUAACUAUCAUUACAGUGCAAUUUUUGUACAGAACAAACACACACGCGGAAACACAAUCAGAGAUAGUUCUUCACAAAACAAUCGUAAAGCGUGAGGAAGUAGUGCUAUAAUCGUGUGUGUGUGUUGUGUUUGGUAAAUUGUUACGUGCGCGAGGUGGUGAGAAAACAAAACUUUAAAAUACGUUAAACCCGCAACGUGAACAUACAGGCUUUGAUAAAUAACUUUCCGCGAAGAACACAAAAAGCGAAAGAAGAGCAACACGUACAGCUGCUAGUGAAUAAACGGUGAGAAUACAAGACUUUUUAAUUUAUUACGCUACUAAGAAGCGCUCGAUGUGUGGCGAAACCGUUCUAAAGGUGAACACAAAAGGGAUUGGUUUCAAACGAAGGUGAAGAAAAGGGAGAACGCCGCGGCUAGAGAAAGGAAUAAUACCAGCAGUCAUAAUUCCUACAAACAAGAUACGUAUACACAAGGAAAGAAGAAAGGCAUUCACAAUUAAUCGUAGCGAUUACUGUGGCCCUUUUCGGCGUAUCCUUAGCAUUGCAUCGACAGCGGCGGCGGCGGCGACGACGGUGGCAACACCGUGAAGAAGCGAAGACGGUACAAAGCAAGCUAGCAGAUGAUAGCACCGCUUAGCUAACGACAGGCAAACACAGUGAUUAAGAUUACAGCAAACAAAAAAUUGUGAAUACUAGAUUUGUAGUGAUUUAGCGCAUAAGUUGUGAAUGGAUAAGGUGGAAAACUAAUUUUAAGUGUAAAGCCAACUCGUACAUCAAGAAGAGCAAUCCGUAGCAAGCGGAGUAAAAGAGAAAGAGAAGAGAAAGACGCCAAUACUCAUCUUACUAAAAGAACCAUCACCUUCACCUCCAGCACAGGUGGUUAAUGUGUAAAAAUUACUGUAAACUAUUGCUACUGGAGCGGCAGAUCGUCAGUCGUUUUGGUUUAUACUUUUUAAACUGAAAUCAACCAACAAACACCGCGUAAAUUAGUCUAUUUGUAUAGAAAAGAAGCAGCAAAACGGUAACAGUGUGUGAGGUGCACAAAUAGGAGAAUUUCUAUUGUUCAAAAGCUAAAUUUAGUGAGUGGGAAGAGCAAAAAUCAACCUAUCAGCGUCAUGAUGACUGAAACGUUGAAUUCGAAUAAUCAUCUCAGCCAGAAAGGCGAGAACAACAAAGUUGGUGACAUGGGAUGGAAGGCCAAACUUAAAAUACCGCCCAAAGAUACUAGAGUUAAGACUAGUGAUGUUACUGAUACCCGAGGAAACGAGUUUGAGGAGUUCUGCCUGAAACGGCCACUGCUGAUGGGCAUCUUCGAGAAGGGUUGGGAGAAACCGUCCCCAAUCCAGGAGGCGGCCAUCCCGAUCGCCCUGGUCGGUAAGGACAUAUUGGCGCGAGCGAAGAACGGUACCGGCAAGACGGGCGCGUACAGCAUCCCUGUACUGGAGCAGGUCGACCCGACCAAGGACUACAUUCAGGCACUGAUCAUAGUGCCGACGCGCGAGCUGGCCCUGCAGACGUCACAGAUCUGCAUCGAGCUGGCGAAGCACAUGCACAUUCGCGUCAUGGUGACGACCGGUGGAACGAACCUGAAGGAUGAUAUCAUGAGAAUUUAUCAGAAAGUUCAAGUGAUCAUUGCCACGCCCGGUCGUAUACUCGAUCUCAUGGACAAAGAGGUGGCCAACAUGUCCCAGUGCCGGAUGCUAGUAUUAGACGAGGCGGAUAAGCUGCUGUCGCAGGACUUUAAAGGCAUGCUGGAUCAUGUCAUAAUGAGAUUGCCAAAAGAGCGCCAGAUACUGCUGUUCUCCGCGACAUUCCCACUGAGCGUGAAGAACUUCAUGGAGAAGCAUCUGCGCGAUCCGUACGAAAUCAAUCUGAUGGAGGAGCUGACGCUAAAGGGUGUCACGCAGUACUACGCGUUCGUGCAGGAGCGCCAGAAGGUGCACUGUCUGAAUACGCUCUUCUCGAAGCUGCAGAUCAACCAGUCGAUCAUCUUCUGCAAUUCGACGCAGCGUGUCGAACUGUUGGCGAAAAAGAUUACCGAGCUGGGUUACUGCUGCUACUACAUCCAUGCCCGUAUGCAGCAGGCCCACCGAAACCGUGUGUUUCACGACUUCCGAUCGGGUCUGUGCCGAAAUUUGGUGUGCUCCGAUCUCUUCACUCGUGGUAUCGACGUACAGGCUGUGAACGUUGUAAUUAAUUUUGAUUUCCCUAAGAUGGCAGAAACCUACCUGCACAGAAUCGGUAGAUCCGGACGUUUCGGACAUUUGGGUAUCGCCAUCAAUCUAAUCACCUAUGAGGAUCGUUUCGAUCUUCACCGCAUUGAAAAGGAGCUGGGCACGGAAAUUAAGCCCAUCCCGAAAGUGAUCGAUCCGGCAUUGUACGUACCGCGACCGGAUGAUCCGAACAGCGCGCAAGAGGAGCAAAACGUUAGUAAAUAAGUAAGAAAGGUGGGCGGGCUUGCGGAGGCGGGGGAGGAGUGUGUGUGAUAUAGAGUUUGUAUAGCGCGGGAAAAGAGGGUAAGUUGUCGGCGAAAAAUCAGGAAAUCAGAAUGGCAAAUGUAUAAAAUAUGAUUAAAGAGCAGAUGCAAUACUACGGAUGAUGGGAGAGUGUGCCGGGGCUAGAUUAUGGGAGAAAACCCGGUGAACGGAGAAGAGAAAUGAAGUGUACAAAAUUGAUUAGAAUCAGCAGCCAAAUAACAUAAACAGCCGAGAAAAUUUUUGAUGAGUAACAACACACUAAUUUAAAAGUUUCAUGCAUUUGUGUGAAACAUGAAGUUGAGGACAUUUUACACAAUCUAUCUGAAUGGUAACGUCGUAACGUCUAUGAUGGCAACUUUGAAUGUAGCCUUAGCCUAGGUCAUCAUUAUUGUCCUCCUUCGCUCCUUCAAAUAGAACAAAACGUUGGAAAAAUAAGCCAAGAAUUAUUAUCAAGCACACACAGCAACGAACCAAACACUAAACUCGAUAGUAUAUUUUCACUGUUCAAUAAUUUGAUCGAUGCGCGAAAACGUGCUCUAUAUUGAUUGCCUGCUUGUGUGCGUCGGAAGAAAAAAGAUUUAAUCUUUUUUACGAUAAAAGUCCUGAACGAUUCAUUCUUGUUCUGAAUGUGAAAAAAUCUUCGGGUAGAUUACAUCGGGCUCUGUCGUAUGUUGUGCACUCUACUAUAAAUGGACAACAUUCGUUCAAUUGUAUACUUCCUGCACUGUACCACUCGAGAGCUGUGUAUGUGUGCGUGCGAUAAUCAGGUUUGAUUUCUUCCAUGCGAUGGACAAGAACGUAUGCGAGGCUGAUAAAAGAAUAGUGCGCAUUAAUGGAGAACGAAUAAUGGGUUCAAGUUAACCAACCGGCGCUUGUGUUAAAUCCGAUUGCGUUUAACGUAGACAAUCGAUCCUUUAAUUUUCGGCUUUUUGUAUGUGUCGUGUAACAUAAGCGAAUGACUGCGAUAUUGAUUUUUAUACCGAUCGACCUUUUCUAUCGAUGUUUGGCGUAAAAAUAGGCUCGUUUGACCAGAAUAUCGCAACGUACUGUAGCCAAACAUUCUUCCGCGAAUGUUAGCAAACUCUUCAAAUUAGCGAAACCACAUACAUUAAUCCUACAUCCAACAGCAUUAUCUCUUCUCCGGCUGGGUAAUACAUUGUCUUUGAUUUCUCCUGCAUUUGGCACACUCGAGAUCAUUAAUCAUUAUCGUACAUUAUCAGCAAAACAAACAAGAAACAUGUGAAGGCUGGGAAGCGUUCAGACAAGACAGAAAGGUUAAUGUUUUCGCGCUGAAAAGAUCAGCGGAAAGUAUCGGAAACAGAAGAGUUGUAUAAGCUAUACGCUCUGGUGCACAAUGAAGAACUAGGUGCAUCACACAGGGAGAUUGGAAAAUAAGAACAGAGGAAGGUUUUUUAAUUUUAGCACGUGAUGAAAAGUGAAGGAGAGAACGAGAGACAGCGAGGGCAGGAAAGAUGUAAGAUUACGUUAAUGUGCUGUUGUCACAAAAUUACAUUUGAAUGCAUUGGUAGGAGGGGAAAAGGAUAAAUUCCAAAAAACAAAUACAAAACACAAGCACAGUGGAGGGUGAAGUAAAAUUGAAGUUUGUUUGAUAAGAUUAUGUUUUGGAUCGAUACGAUAAGAGGGGUUGGAACACUCUGUAGAAUAGUUUGUGGAAGUGAGUAUAGGGUACUUUCUUCCAACCUGUGUUGACGCUUUUUGUUUGUAUUAUGAUAAUUGCUUUUGAUUUUCGUAUCGCACGUGUAAUAUACACGGCGACAAAAACAAGAAGUUGGGUUAAUUUCCUUCCUAAUUCGGGAAUGUGUGACUGUGUUGUAUGUGUGUGUGUGUGUGUUUGUAUGUGUGGAAAAACAAACAAAAAACUGUGGGAAAGCUUAUCUGCUAGCGUUACUACUGCGUAGCACGCGCCAGCGGAAUCUGUUCUGCGGAAUGUAUGAUUGCGGGUUAAGACAUGGGUGGCGUGUGUGAGAUUCGACAGAGGAUAUAAUAGGGAUACAACUAUCAAAAAGGGAGGUGUAGUAUGGCUUUCACCCAAGCACAAUGAAGAUCCACACAACAGAUUUAUCGUUGUUUUUGUUUUCUAGUAUCGGUUUAAAAACAAAUCUUAACUUUUGGUAGAAGUGGGAUACAAAAGACUCGAACGCGAGACUACAUGAAACAAAAUAAUGGAGAAAACGCAAGUUUUGAAAAUGCACUGGAAGAAGAGCGUAUGAAAUGAAGAAGAAAAAACAAGCUAACAAACGUGGACAUAUGAAACUGGGACAGCCGGAACACAUAAUUGUACAUAUAAAGUAGGCUAAUCUAGCGAUUACAAACUGUAAAAUACAGAAGUCAGAAAACAACAGUGGGCAAAACAAAGAAGCGAUAAGAAAUGCCACUACAGCAGAGAUAAAGGGAAUGAGACAGACUGAAGCAAAUUGGGGUUCGAAGGAUUUAAUCGAUAGAAAAUGAACAAUUUGAUGGUUAGGUGGGUUGGGAAAGGAUUGAUACAAAAACUGAUCAAAACAUCAUCAUUGUUUUGUAAUGCCACAACAUCAUCGUUGUUGUGUCUGUUGGGAAAUUAUUUUUGGUCGAAAAUUUCUAACGAAUUCCAAGGAAACAAACAUUUCCUGUGUGGGAAAUGUUUCAUGGAUAUUGUUAUUUUAUUUCUCGCUGGAGUAGGAUUAAACUGGAUAGAGUUUCAUUGAUGUAAUGGGACAUUUAAUGCAACUUUAAAGCGCACGGUGUAUCGGAGAAGGAAUGUUAAUUGCAAGAAUGAACUAACGCCAGAAUGAAAAUUCUUAAACUGUUCUUAGGGAUGUGUGAACCAGUGGUAACACACGAACAGACAAACGCAACACGGUUACGAUCUGUCCUGGCUCUUGAUUUAGCUAGUCAUACAGCAUACGCAAUGAGUAUCUGAGCAAUCAAUGAACAUCAAAAUGUCACUCUGAUUAAAAUCGUUCAUCGCGUCUUAUUUUCGCGCAUCACACAGGAACAGAGAACAAAGUUGAUCAGAGAACGUGAUUUUUAAGUUGUUCUUAGACAUCCGUUCCAUAUGCUUUUGAAGAGACACAUGACAGGGCAGGGUUUAGACAGGUUUGCGAGAAUAGAGACUGACAGCGUCAAGCGCCAAGUAAAAGUGUUUGGAAACAUGUUCCGGAAACAUCCUCGCAGAGGUGGCCUUCCUUCCCGAAAGCGUGCUGUUUAAGGGUGCCGCAAAUCAAUCAAAUAUCUUUGCAGCUUUUCUUGCCAGUUGAGACAUUGGAAUUGUAGGUGGGGAUUAGACAUUGGGAUGCAGAAAAGUGAGUAUUAAGCUAACUUACUUCUCGUGCACUACAACCGCUUCACGGUCUUGGCCUAGUGCAGGAAUCCUCUAAACCUCUAGGGUUAAGCUAAAUCAGGGAUAUAAAAAGGAGAAAAAGAAAUACGAAGAACCAUAUUGGAGGAAGAGCGAAGAAAAUACGUGACAAAUGUUGUUGCAUUAAAGUAGUCAUGGCAAACAUACGCGACCCGCGAGUUUCUUCAAUCUGGCUCGCAAAGGAGUAAGGAGCAAUGUUGUACCAAUUGAACCGGAAAUCUGAUUAUAUGAUUAGAAAACCGGAUGUCAUACGGGCUUGCAUUCAAAUCGACCCGCGAGAAAGGUUUCUACAAGCAAACCCUAGUCUGCGAACCAAAAUGAGUUUGAAAUCACUGCUUUACAGCUUCUGAAAUUUUGUAGAGAAAUGAAUAGUUCUCUUGCAGUUCUCGUGUGAGAUAAAGAGUUCACUUUACUACACGUAUUUUUCCCCCGCAGAUUGGAUUGGAGACAGAGACACAUAAGUAGGAAAUUAAUUUAGAAUAAUCGAGAAUAGAAAUGAAUGCGUUGAAGGUUGGUCAAGAAUGAAUGGAGAUGUGUUACGAAUGGAUAUUUGAUGCGAACGUGAAUUGAUACGAUCGGAUGAGUAUGUUUGUUGUGGCCAACGGUAGAGUGAACGUAGUGUUUUAACGAAUGAAAAUGUAUGAACGGGGCGGGCAUGAAUGUGUUUACUUUUAACGGUUAGAACAAUGGAACAAAACAAACGAGAAGGUUGCAGAUAAUCAAUGGAUUUCGAAGCAUAUUUCCAAAAUCCCGCCGUAUUAGACUGUGCCAUGCUUUUUUUUCGUAACACGUCGGUCGGGAAGAUAAAUAUUCCUACAAAUCUUGUAACGUUACGUGUUCGUUCGUGAGAAGUAGUCAAAAUUUCCAUCAACAAACCACUGCUCUUCAACGAAGUUAUCGUAUUAAAAUCAAUCGAAAAGUGAACAAAAACGUACAAAAAAGGAAUCUUCGGUUGGAUCAAUUUAUCUUCUACCAAAAACGGAAAACAUCAUUACUUGCUUGUUGUGGCCUAGUCGAGAAAAUUAAGAUUGUAAGAAACAGAAAAGUUACAAACAAUUGCUUUGCCAUUCUAAAGGCGCUAAAUCCGGCACACGGAUAGCUUCAUAAGGGAUAGCAAAUUUUUAAAUGAAGGAUCUUCAUAGCUCCUUCAUGCUCGAUAGGAUUUCCUGUUGCUUUUUGUGGUAUCCUAUCCGUUUGGUGGUGAAUUGGUGGUGUUAGGUAUUAACCUCUGGUAAUGAAGUAUGGUAAAAACACAUUUACAUUGACAUACGAACACGCACGAUGGAAUGAGAGAACACGAAGAAGAACAAACAACAGCAGCAACAAUUACUUCAACGUACCUGCAUUUUACACGAAGACAAUUAAGAAACGAGGACACAUGUCUCUGGAAUCAUACGCGAGAAAGGAAGCAAAAGUCCAGAACAAGUUUUGUGUGCUGUAGCGGAAUAAAACAUUUUUGGAAUUAAGCAACCGUUCAUUUAUCUCGCAUGGGUUGUUUGGGGGGAGAAACAUAGGUAAAAAAAAAUCAAAAAUAAGUUAAAUCAAACAUUGAACAUAAUGGGUGCAAUAAACGUAACAAAACAACCAUUAUUCGAUGUCCGUCAAAAAUCUUCCAAUAGGUUCAGGCAGGCCACAUGAUCGCUCCAUUACGAUCUAGUUAGUAAAAGAAGGGGGUUUAUAAUGUUUGAUAAUAGCAGUAAAUUUUUCAUUCUUUUCCGCCAUGUUAAUUCUUUUGAAUAAUGCAGCAUACAUUGAGUUUUGGUGCGCGUUUAGUUGCUUCUUCUUGUUGGGCCCUUCUACAACCGUCAACGCACGAUUAAUCCCGCGCGCAAUAACGGGUUUUGUAGUUACGCGCCCAUGCAUGAAAACCAACCACUCUCUAUGGAUCGGCUACAGUAUGUUUUUACCACCUACUGUUAUGGGUUAUUACAAAAGUGUCUUUCAGUGAUUAAUUAUAAACCGUAAGCAUAGUUACCGAAACACAAACAAGGCGACUAAAAUUAGCAACAACAAAAAAAACAGUGAUAAAUGUGAGUUCCGUACCAUAUUACAACAGACAUACGACGAACCAAGUAACAUUCACGCCAACUUAAAGAAUAAACAAAUCGAAGAUUCCCCACAAGUCGAAGCUAUUUUUUCCUUAACGUAGGUCAAACUUUCCCCGAUGCUGUUCUCGUACAUUUGUUUGGUUCUGUAACCGGGCCUAGAGAACUGUGAUGAAGCAGUGACGAAUAAGUUCCAUUCCGUCCUAAAUUGCAUGAACCUUGUGUUUAGAAUCUGGAUAAUCGCCUUGUUUUCCAUUAUAUAUUCCAGUGUUCUAAUGCGAUUAAGGCGUAGAAAGCUUAUUGGUUGUCAGAUUAACGAUUCCGUUUCAGGUUGAAACCAUUUUCCUGCAUAAAUCUGUAAAAACAAGUCUGAAAAUUAAAUUGCAUUCGAUUCAAUCUCGUUUCAUUGAAGUCCACAAACAGCAUCAUUUGAAAACGUUCGUAUUAAUUUUAUCAUAAAGAGAACAGCAACAUGGGAAAGCAUUGAAGAUCGGUUUGACCUAUAAGAAGAUAGCAGUUUUUAAGUAGCUUUGAUUUGUGUGUGCGUGCAUAAGAAAGAAGGGUAGUAGCAGUAGCGGAACUAACCAUUCAUUCCCACGUGAAGACGAAAUGAACUGAACGAGAACAAUAACAUCGAAAAAGAUACAUCUCACAAUUCCAUCUUAUGUGUGUAUGUGGGGCUACUACUAAUACUGUGGGAAAAUAAUGUACAAAAGGGGUGUAAAGGGGGGGACAUACGCUGCCAAACCCCACAGUGGUGUGGCGUUUGUGUCCCGGGGCGGUAUGGUGUCCUCGGAGUGAGCGAUUUUCUUACUCUAAAUCUACUCCUAUUGGUGUUAAGUAGCAAAUGGAAGCACGAGUUUUUACAAUACCAUCCAAUCAUAUUGUCGUACAAAAGAAAAAAGCAAACACAAGAAAUAACAUUCAAUUGCGAGAAAGAGGCGUGUGCGUAUAGUAUAUUUGUGUUUAAAAUUAGACAAAAAGUAAACUAAAAACAAGACGAACGUAUGUCGCAGGAUCGAAGUAAAAAUCGUUUUAAUUGCUAGCAAACAAAAAGAAACAACAGAAAAAAAAAAUCCAUAACACAUGCACCCACAUCAAAGUAACAAUCAACCGAUAUCUAAUGAGUGAGUGAUAAGAAACAAAGAGCAGGGAAAAAGAGCAAAACACAAUGUGUGGAAGAUGUACUUGCGGAACACUGAAGACGAGCGGCGCGCGCAUGUUAAAUGCAACAGAAAUCAAUCAUGUUUUUUCAGUGGAAAUAGUUUUAAAAACCAACGUGGCUAAAUAAUCAUCCAUUAAUUGCAGGGGGUGGGAGAGACAAAACAGCAAACCAAUUUGUGGCCAUUAUCCAACAGCAAAAAUCAUUCACGUAAAACGAUCACCCAUAUAUAGAAUGAAGCUUUGAAUUUCUUGGACGGGAAGACAAACGACGAUAAAUGUGAGAACGGUACCUGAAAUUUGUAACGUUAACGUAGGAAUAGGUUUAGAAACGAUUUUAACUCACGAAGAGGGAAAGAGAGAGAAAGCAAAAGUAAACCAACAACUGGAAAAAACAACCCGAAAACAAUGGAAAAAGUAUAUGGGCAAAACAAAAAAACAAUUAAAAGAAACAAAAAAAACAGCCCAAAAGAACAAACAACAAAAAAGAUACAUCAAAAAGGGAAAUAAAACUGCUAUCGAAUAACACCCUACAAAAA